AUGGUUGUACUUAACAAGUGUUAUACGCCUUUUAUGGUGUACUCAUGGACCACUAUCAAGCUUGGAUGUUAUUAUGCUUCACUGUACACGGGGAUUUUUCAUCUGCUUUUCAUAUGUUAUGCACUCUACGUGAUUGAUGGAGGUGAUUCUGAUGAAUUCUAUAGUCCUUAUUUUGAGCUGAACAAAUCUGGUGCAACAGUUGCUGGAUCAUUGACAAUUGUAUAUUGUUUUAUAUUUCUUUGUGUUUGCAUAGUGCUAAUCUAUGGAGUAAAAAAGGAAAAUAGGUGCAUGUUCUUUCCGUGGAUGAUUGGAAUGGCAUUUGAAAUUUUGCUAAUGGUGUGCAUUGGAAUCUGGUUUCUUUUCCGUUAUUAUCAUAAUCCGUAUUCAUUAUUGGCCAGUUUUAUUCUUUGGUGCAUUGAUGGACUUCAUGUAUACUGUUUGCUAUGUGUCAUUUCUCAAUAUCAAGUGCUUAAAGAGUUGCAAGAACCACGCUUCAUUAUUUUACAUCCAUAGUUAAAGAUGUUUUAAAAUGUUUUAUUGUUUAGAGGAUGGAUUUUAUAUUGAAUAACUUUUAUUGUUGUCUUCGAAUCUUUGAUUCUAUUAAAGUAGAAAACUAAUGAAUCUUUUAAAUUUGUAAUCAAGGGCAAUUUUUAUAAGUGCAACUUGCAUCAUAUGUAUAUUGUAAAUAUUGUUAUAUUUUUGGUUACAGUAAACCCUUGCUGAGUGCAGAUUUGCAAAAUGCUGUUUCAUGUGUACGAGUUAUUUUAAUUGUGUGCACUUAAUUUGCCUGCUGCUAAAAUUUCAUUCAUAUGUGAUUCAGUAUUCAUUCGUCAACAUUGGAACGCUCACUGCCAUUGAGUUUGCCUGGAAGUUAUCAACAAUUUUGAAGGAUUUCCAUCGAUUGAAAGUAAAGCCAAAGAAAUUGGCCAAAUUGCAAAAGUACUUGCAGAUGAAGGUUUUUCAGAUGUGGAAAAAGGAGAUGUCAGAGAAUUAAUCGAGAAAUAACAAAUGAAGAAUUAGGUGAUCAUAUAACAUCAGCCAAUAGUGAAAGCAGUGAUAAUGAACAAGAUUAAAUGCCAUUAGCUUACAAGAAGUUAAACAAAAUGGUAAAGAAAGGCACAGGAACUAUUGACCCAAAAUGAAGAAAGCGGAGUAAAUUUUAUGAGAGGCAUUGAAAAACUGUACCCUUCUUAGCGCAAAACUCUCACAGAGUUGCACCAGUCCUUGUCCUAAGCAGAAAUCACUAGCAUGUUAAAAAAAUAGUAGUAUUAUGUACUUAUUAAACAGUAAUGAUUUUCCCUCCAAUUAAUGCUUGUUUUAUUUUUUCCUUUUAAUUAUAAAAGCAUUUAGUUUUGUUUAAGUCAUAUAUAUAUAUAUUACUAAUUUGAAUUACAUGUAACGCACUUCUUCUGUAGAAAGUCAACUUUGUGGAAUGCGAUUUUGCUGAGGCACAAUAUAUUAAUAGCAUAACCCCCACAUUCAUCAAGGGUUAACUGUACAGUAUUCACUUGUUCUAAAUCAUAAAUGGUUUCUGCGUUUUUAGAAAAGCAAGGUUAAAAAUCUGCUCAAAUUAAACAUUCAGAAUCAAAUGUUUUUCACCUUUUUAAUUUGAAAGUGACUACAUUUUUUCUGUCUUUUAUGUUAACUUGCAUUCUGAAUUUAUGACAUGAAUCCCAAAUGUACAUAUUGCUGAAGUGCUAGGGUUUUUUGAAAUUUUGACUUUAUGCUUCAAAUUUCCUGUUUAAAACAUAUAAGAAAGAAUAUUCCACUUGAAAUUAGAACUUAAAGAGUUAUUAUAUCUGAAAAAUAAAAUAUGACAGUACUGUGAAAAUACAUAUUCUUUAACUGCUUAUUAAAUAAUGAGAGCUUCUGAUCAUAAUUUAAAUGGCUUAGAUCUAAAGUGUAGAUCAGAGAAAUUUAAAAACAAUAUACUCAGUCACAGAAAAUCUCUUGUCUAAUUAUUAUGCGACUUAAGCAUUGAAUAAUAGCAUCCAUCAUAUUUAUACUUUGCAGAAUAUGUAAAGUAUCACAUUAAAAUGAUCAUUAACAUUUUGACCUCCAUCAUUAUCAUAAUGUUGUCGUCAGGUUGCCUGAUGGGAAUUAAAAAAACUGAUAUUCAAACUCUGGUAGGAUAUUAUCAUAUCACUUUCAUUAUAUUUUCAUAAGUGUUCUUUUGUACUGAUUGUUACUUGUUCCAUAUUAAUUUUACUAUUGUGAUAGUUAACAAGUGUAUAAUAAAAUCUAAAAAUCCGAUUAUCUUUUGUAUUGUUUUAAGUAUACUAUUAAUUAGUGUAAGGGUAUUUCAUGUCAUUUUCAUGAACUUACAACUGUAAGGUAUUUCUAGAUCUGUGUGUGCUUGAGUGAUGCUAGGAUUUUAGCAUUUGUAUUUGAUAUUUAGGUAUUUGUGUCAUGUUUCAGUCUUUUUGACAGUAGAAUAAAUGUGCAUCUUUUAGCUGUUAUUCUCUGUUAUGGAGAAGAGUUGUAUGUUUAUUUGUUGUUCAUUUUAUGUACUACUAUUAUUAUCAAUUAUUUUUAUGUGCUAAUGUGCAGUCCCCCCCUUUUGAAUUGCUAAUGCAUUUAUAUAUUAUUAUUUUUAAUGCAAUUUUCUCUUUAUAGUUUUUAUAUAUUUUCUUUUUAUUUUGUUCAAAAAUUGUUGGUAAAAUUUUGAGCUUUAAUAGUUUUAACAUUUUUCUGUUGCAAAGGGGCAGUGAUAUAUAUAUGUAUUUGUUAUUUUCCCUCUUUGAAAAGUUUAACUCUUUGAUAAAACAAUUAUUCAGAAACAUAAUGAAUUUGUUAGUUAAAUAUGUAUUCAUUUUAUGUGGGAUAUUGUUCUGGUUUCAUUUCUAAAAGUGUGUGUUAUUUAAUGAAUACUAUUAAAUGAGAUUUUCAUAGUA